CACACCGGGUCUGCAGCAGCAUCAUCAUAUGCGCGCUUCGUGCCAACUCCGCGUGUGUGUGCGCGCGCGCUCACGCAUGUCUCUCUCCACGAUGUGAGAAAUCAAGUGGGACACAGCGAAGCUCACUGGAAUCUGAUCUCUUAAGCCUCCUUGUGGUGGAUUUCAAUCUGACGCACUAAACGCAGUGGAUGUGCAACACGGCGAGAACCCUGCGCGUGUGUGCGUGCGCGUGUGCGCGUCUGAAGGGUGUCUGCUCGCUGCAGCUCCGGUGUCCCUCACUGCUGCGCGUCUGGCAAAGCUGCUGCAGCCGACCGCCUCGCAUGGCUCCCCUGUGCGCGCUCCUCACGGGUGCGCUGCUGAAGAAGCGGAUAUGUCUCAUCGCCACCGGAGACUGACGGUCUCACUGCCUUCCUCUCCUCCUCUGAUGGUUCUCUUAGGGAGUUAUGGUCAGUAAGGAGGCAGGUCGGUGCACUCUGUCAAGCUCAGAGUCCGAUUCGGAGUCUGGAGGUCCCUCGCUGGCAGGAGAAAGUGGCGGUCGAGGGGACACGGUACGGAAGCGGAACAAAGCCCUGCAGGUGCGUUUCAAAGACAUCUGCGAUGCUCAAAAUGAGGCCGCCCAUCGAGGUGCAAGAGAUCGGUCGGUUUCCUGCAAGGUCAUCCACAGACGGUACAUGACCAUGCCUGCACGCAGGUCCAUCCCCAACGUCACCAAAAGCACAGGCGUGCAAACCUCUCCCGACCUGAAAAAACGCUAUCAGACUUUCCCCUUUGAACGCAAAAAGUCAAAUGUCAUUAAACACACCGCUCUAGUGGAAAACCACCCGGAUCAGAAUAAUGGGUUUUUGGGUAGUGUGAAGGGGGGAGAGGAGCGGGUGAAGUGCGACGGAAGGGUGCAGCAGACCAGAGUGCUGCUCCACAGCACACCACAGUGUGGUACCGCUUCGGACUUAUCCACUGGACCAGACUGUUCGGAUGGAAAGCUGUGCCCUGAUCCGGCAUGUCCGGGCGGAGAUACGGAUACAGCUUUGGACUCGAGGAGUGAGGGCGCCAACCUAGGGAGCGGGGCCAAGCACAAAGGAUUAUCCGGUGAGAGUGAGAUAGAGGCCCGCCAGCAGUCCAACUGUGCCAAGGGUGCCUCCUCUACCACAGAUCAACCUCUGCAGGUCAGAGGUGACUGUUCCAAGAUUUCUGGCCCUAUUGCAUGGACAUCUUUGACACAAGUGGAAUGCCUGGAGAGUCCCUCAGGAAGCUGCAAACGCAAAAAAGACGCUACACUGGUAAACGGCUUGCAAGCACGGACUCAGGCUUCGUCUCAUUCGGCCAGUUGUGCUUCCCAGGCUCACAUACAAGCCCACUGUCGUAGUACUCCGAAUUUGGGUACCACGGCAUCCCAGCAGGGCUCAGGGGGGCAGCUGAUUGCUCUCCCCGGGGCAGAUGGAAAUGUAAAAGCCAGGCUCGAAGCCAUGGAGGCUCUGAUCAGUUCUAGCCAAGAAACCAUCAAAGUGCUGCUGGGAGUCAUACAGGAGCUGGAAAGAGGAGAAGCACAACGUGAGGGACUGUCAUAUCGAACCGGGCAAGAUACAGCCAACUGUGACACAUGUCGUAACAGUGCCUGCAUCAUAUACAGUGUGGAACUGGAUUUUAAACUUCAAGAGGAUAAACUCCAGCCCUUAAUAAAGAGACUGUGUCCUCUUGAAGAGCCGUCCUAUCCCUCUCUGCCUUACACACAUGAAGUGUUCACCUCCACACCCAAACGCAAAACCAAGACUGAGUCCAAGAAGCAUGCUCGCUGGAAACUCUGGUUCCUCUAACGUACGGCUAGGAUUUUGUUUGAAUUUGGGAACCCUGCCUCAUCAGACCACAACAGCAAGCAAAUUCAAGUGGAUUUCUGCUUUGCUAUGGAUAAAUACCCUGUAUGGUGAAAUACUCACAGCUUUCCGCUGUAUUGGAACAUACGUCAUGGGCUCCAUUGAGCGACUGGAUUUUUUAAAGGAAUGAGAAUUGUUUUCUUGUCAUAAUCCUCUGAUAAACCCUGCUGUGUUUGGGAACUGCUGUGUUUCAAUAUCACGUUUUUCUAAAGGAUUACACAAUGGUCCUUAAGUUUAGACAAGUUAGUAAGGUAAGAGAGUAAGGGUGCGAUAUGUUUGUCUUUGUUUAAUACUCACGUAUGUUUAACUCAGAGAUCUCUCUUUCUCCUCUCUACAUUUAUCUCUUUUUACUUUAGGGUCUUUGCAGAGGCGACAUGAAACUUCAAAGCUAUUCUAGUUUGCCACAAAGAUACUUUGGAGGCAUCUAUUACAUCAAAGGCAUCUAAUCAGUAAAGCACAAACUUUUAAGAAUUAAAAUGUAGAUUUGAUACCUUUUUUGAGAUCAUAGCUCUUUCUUUCUUUCUUUCUUUCUUUCUUUCUUACUUUCUUGCUUUCUUUCCAUAUCUCCCUUAAAGGGAUAGUUCACUAAAAAAUGAAAAUUCUGUCAUCAUUUUCUUAUCCUCAUGUUGUUCUAAACCUGUAUGAAUUUCUUUUAAUUGAUGAACACAAAAGAAGAUAUUUUGUAUCUUCACAGUUGAUUAUAACCAUUGACUUCCAUAGUAGGAAAAAAAUGAAGGAUUUGGUUCCAAACGCAAUAAAUCCAUUUUAACUAAUUUUGGUAAAAAUGUGUUUUCUACCAAGAAAGUGACAAGAUGAAAAUUUCUGAUAGCAUCUUUAGGUUAUAAUAAGAUAAAUAAAAUUCAAUCCAUUAAACAUUAGGCUAAUGGUAUUAAUCAAAACACUUACUUUGUCAUAUUAAGAACACUGUUAUUGCUGCUGUCAUCCUUGGGGUGUCGUCGCUGAACUUUUUGACAGCACUCAGCCAUAAAAUGUUUUGGUCCUGCACGAUUUUUGUUGACUUUGAGUAAAAUAAUGGAAAUUUUUCAUAAGAUCCUUUGGGGUCAAAAUGUGUUAGCAUGACAGAAGUCGCUGUCGUGUGAGAACAAGCAACAGUCGGCAUUUUCCUUCGCCUGAGUGCCUCUCACGUAAAUUAUUCGAUUUUGAUGGCUUACAUUUUUCCCUGGCACAGAAAACCACCACAGGUUUAUCAAUGCCAUCCAAGUAUUAUUUUCUGUUUGUUUGUGUGUUGAUCACGAAGUACAAAGUAGAUGAGCAAAACUAGGAUUCCGUGUGUAUUCAAACCGCGGACAUUGUUGUUUACAAUGGGUGGAAUGGUGCACUGUGAUUGGUUGAGUGAAUUUAUUGCAUUUUUCAGAGAAAGAGGACUGGCGUUUAUUGUGUUUUGGAAAAAAGGGAUAAUUAAGAAUUUAUUUUUAAUACUGAUCUCAUACAAUAGUGAUUUUGGCAGUAACAUUUUUUUUACAAUGACGUUUAUCGCGUUUUGGAACCAAACUCUUUAAAUAUUAUGUGAUGUGAUAAAUGAUAAAGAAUAUAUUAUGAUAAAUGAUGGUAUGCACAAAGUAUCGUGUGCUUACCAUCAUUUAUCAAAAUAUGUUCUUUUGUGUUCAUCAAAAAAAAGAAAUUCAUACAGAUUUAUAACAACAUGAGGAUGAGAAAAUGCUGACAGAAUUUAAAUUUUUGGGUAAACUAUCCAUUUAAGGCCAUUCUUCAAUUCUAGAAAGAAAGGGUUAAAUGAAUAAAAUUGAUUAUUAUUCAAUAACAGAAUAAAGAGAUUAUAUCUAAUGAGUGAAUGCAGUAUCAGUUGACUGCAUGCACUAAUAAUCUAUGACUUUGUAGACAUAUUUUUCCUGGAAAAUGUUAAGGAUGCACAAAUAGUUUGUCAGAAAUGGUUUGGUUGUAAAUGUAUGAAUGAAAUUGGUGUUCUCAAAAAAGAUGAAAAACAUUAUUUAUUAAUGAAAAUACUGUGAUUGUCUUUAGAUUUAUAUAUCAAAUAAUACUCCACAAACAUUUUUGCAAUACCAUUUUUUGGAAAACAGAAGUAUUUACAACAAUUGUCAGCUCACUGUCGAUUUUAAAUCGGAGCUAUUCAGCUCUGAAAUGUUUUAGAGAAUACAACACUGUAUUUACAACCCAAGCGUGAAAACUAAGUUAAUUCCAGCUCAAUUUUUCAUCAACUCUGUCGUUUGGACUUAAUACCAUAAGUCUGUAAAAUUGCACCAGACUGGUUAAACAAAUUGUGUUUCAUACGACAGUGUUAUGUUGAAGAAACGCAAGAACACAGUAUAAGAUAUCUAGGCACCACUUUGUUCCAUCUUAUCAUUAAAUUUUCAAUAUGAUGGCAGUCAAUCACUGAAAUCUUGUGCUUGUUUACCCACUUAAAUCAUAAUUAUUAAAUGAUCACAACAAGUUUGGGAAUUUAAUAAUGCAGGUUACAUACAGAGGGCUAUGUACAGUAUAUACAAAUAGUGCUUAGCAUAUAUUUAGCUUAGAUAUUCAGACAUUAGCUUCAAUACACUCACUUUUACAACAGUGACAAAUGCUUUAUUUAGUUAGUAUUCCAAGAAACCUCGUACAUAACUAAAGGAUAUUUUGGGAAUAUACAGUAUUUAAAAAAAAAAAAUAAUGUAUUCAGUCUCACCUCACAAUAUCUUCUUUCUUAUACAAACCUCUUGUUUAUUCGGACCACACCUGAAUAACUUAUUCUUGUAGCAUAAACACCGAUGCAUCGUUAUAUCCUGAGAAAGUGCAAUUGAUUUAUAUUGUGCAAUAUUACAUUUUAUACAGUUUCUACCCACGGUGCAUUUACAAUAAAG